AUGAGUAUGAAAGAAAAAAAACCCCAAUUCCUUCAGUCCGUCGUGUCCCUGGAGUUGGAUGAUGAUUUGUACAACAACACCGAGUCCAACACAGACACAAUAUGCUUAUCUGACCUGACUGCUCCGAAAAACAGAUGCACUUGUUUCACUAUCAACUGCUUACGCUCUCAAAAAAAGACUUUGCGGGGGCUCCCCGAAUCUCCCACAGACAAAAUACUCAAUCAGCUGGACCAAGGAUACGUUCUACAGAAUCACCGAGAACCGACAACCGAUUACAAUCAAACCCCACAAGAAAAUAUACAAUAUGAAGAAAAGGUUGUACAGCUGGUAGAUACAUCUUCAUGGAAUAAAAUAACCAAACCAAGACCAGAUAACCAAAAAUUAUUUUCCCAUGCCACAAGAAAACGUUUAAAAUUGCAACUGUUCCAUACAAAAAUCAAAUCUGCAGAUGCAAAGUCACAUGCAUGGAGAUGUUCACAAUUGUUUCGCCCUCUAAUCUGGUCUAUAGUGAUCACAGCAUUGGUCAGUGGCAGUUGGUGUGGAUUUGCGGAGUUCGGCGCACGCAUCUAUGUCUUUCAUGUCGACCUCAACAGCACUAAAGGCUUCAAGACGGUGGUUCGCCCACCAUCCUUUGCAACUCAAUUCGUUACCAUGUGGAUCGUGUUGAUCUAUCCCUCGUAUCUACUACUGAACUCUUUGAUGCAUUUUGAAUCUGCCAAUUUACAAGACUUGUUACUAGACCACAUCAUGAUUCUGGCAAGUGAGCAGCCAACAAUGGUCAAAUUUCUCACACGAUGCGCUCUACUCUCCGUACUGUGGCAGUUAUUCCUCGGUUGUCUCCUACGGAGUUUGGAACUUGUCACACCUGUUGAUUGUUUAAUCAUUGGAGCUGCCUUUCCAUGUUUCAACUAUCUCUUAUCUUGGAUUAUUGUACAUCGGCGAUUUUGUGCCCUCCGGGUCAUCGCAUUUAUAUUGUCGUCUAGUGGAUUAAUUCUCAAUAUUUACUACGAUCAACGUAUUAUGUGGCACAAAUGUUUGGCCGGCAUGUCAAUCGUGGCUUUUUCGCUGUUUACAGUUGUUUUAAAGCGAAUACUAAGCCGACCAACAUUUGGACAAAUUUCAGCUUUCUACUGUGGAUUUGGUUUGUUCAAUUUGCUCGCACUAUGGCCCAUCUUUGUAUUUACGUCAAUUAUUAUGUCCUAUGAACCGAUUUUAUGGAAAUUUGUACCAUGGAAGUAUUUUUCUGCACUCGGUGCCUCACUUUUAGUGUUCAUUUUUUCUAUGGAUUUGAGCAAUCGAAAAUUGAAGAGGGUCGUUCGAGCUUUACAACUAUCUUUGUGUCCAUUCAUUUGUUUAGCAAUCCGGAUAUUUUGGUUAAAGACUUCUUUAAACCUUGGAAACAUUUGGAUAAUGAGCCUCCUCUUGGUUUGUACAUCGUGCAUCCUGAACGCAGUACCUAAUAAAUUUUUAAAGGUCAUAACCAAGGCCUUGCAUCGGAUGAGAUCCCCAAAAUCUCAGCUCUCAUUGCCGAAGCGUGGUAAAACUGGCGGAAAGAAUUCCACAGCUGCUGUCCAAAAUGCUUCUGGACCGACAAAUCCUCGCUCCUCUAUUGUGGUCCCACCUGGAUCUGCCAGUACAUCGCGUCCAGGAAGCGCGAGGCAAAGCGGAGCUGUUGGAUCUAUUGUUAAAACACGAAGUCGCUUGAGUAGCGUGCUGUCUCGUGGGUCUACAUCGACGGGGACUGUGUUGGUUGAGCAGUAA